CCACCGUGGGUUCUGGUUCUGAGCACCUGCUCAAAGUGGGAGCAGAGCUCUGCUCUCUGAUUGGUCCACAGCUGAUAGCGCGUCUCCAGCCGCUCCGCAGACAGAGCUGAUGCCUCUGAUGGACAGAGCUUUGUGCGGGAAGCAGCGGGGCUGAUGCGGGGCGACAUGAAGGAUGUGUUAACGCUGCCCCGUUCCAGGGUCCCCCCUCCAUCGUGUGACACAGACAAACCUCUGAGUCUCUGCAUCUCUCUGGAUGAUUGUGUUGAACAGUGGAUGUGAUUAGGAGCAGGAGAAUCUGCAGAUUGACCAUUUCUACUCACAGAGCCGUUCAGGACCUCUGAGAACCCCUCUAAGGGGGGAUGCCAGUGUUGCUAAAUGCCGACGUAUCGUUCAGCUCCAGGCAGGAGCUCCUGGAUCUGCAGGACGAUGGAGGUCCCCUGUUGGACACGCCUAGUCCAUUGGAUUCCCAGACAGGAAGCCCCGUUGGGUCUGGUGCUGAAAGCCCCGGCACACCAGGAGCCGGGGGCCGAAAUGGGCCCCUUAUUUUCACAAGGGCUUCAAAGCUGCCAGGACAGUUUUAUGAAGACGGCAGUCGGCCUGACACAGAGGUUCCUUUGGAGCUAACGCUAACACCCUCUGAUCAACUGUGUGGUUGGGGAGCUCUGAAGCCCAAAUUCCUCCAAGUGUUCAACACUCCGCGCUGGGUGCUGUUCUUCCUGUGCGUGGCCUCUUUUCUCCAGGGAAUGAUCAUCAACGGAUUCAUCAACUCUGUGGUCACCUCCAUCGAGCGACGCUUCGACCUGCCCAGCUCCCAGGCCGGUCUCAUUGUCAGCUCCUACGACAUCGCCGCCUGCAUCUGUCUGUCCUUCGUCAGCUACUUUGGCGGCAGCGGGCACAAGCCCCGCUGGCUGGGGUGGGGGGUCCUCAUCAUGGGGCUGGGUUCCCUGGUGUUCGCCUUGCCUCAUUUUACCACUCCCGCCUACUUGGUCAAUGUGCAGGAGCAAAUCGGGAUGUGCUCUGCCAACGUGACCUACCAGUGCCAGGAGAAGGACGGCGAGGUGCUGUCAAACUAUCGCUUCGUGUUCAUGCUGGGCCAGUUUCUGCACGGCAUCGGAGCCACGCCUCUGUACACGCUGGGGGUCACUUACCUGGACGAGAACGUCAGCUCCAAGUACGGACCCGUUUACAUAGGGAUCUUCUACACAGCAGCGGUUGUGGGUCCUGCUGCAGGAUACCUGCUGGGAGGUUACUUCCUGGACAUCUACACAGAGGUCCACCUGACAACAGAGAUGACUCCAGAUAACCCUCACUGGGUGGGGGCCUGGUGGGUUGGCUUCCUGGGAGGAGGAGCAGCUGCUCUGCUGGUAGCUUUCCCCGUGCUGGGCUACCCGCAGCAACUGCCAGGGUCGCAAAAGCACCAGGCGGGACGGGUCUCUGAGGCCCACCAGCUGAAGGAUGGGAGCCACGCUGAAGCAUCGGACCCUCAGUUUGGAAAAUCAGUCAAAGACAUGCCGAGGUCUGUGCUGCUCCUCCUGAAGAACCCCACCUUCCUCUUCCUGUGUUUAGCCGGAGCCACUGAGGCUACGCUCAUCGCCAGCAUGUCCACCUUCGGCCCAAAGUACCUGGAGUCCCAGUUCAGUCUGAGCGCUUCUGAAGCCGCCACCUUGUUUGGAUUCAUGGUGGUACCAGCAGGGGGCGGCGGUACCUUCCUGGGGGGCUACAUCGUGAAGAGGUUGAACCUGCGCUGCCGAGGGAUCAUCCGCUUCUGCAUGAUGUCUGCGCUGGUCAGUCUGCUCGCCAUUUUCAUCUUCCUCAUCCACUGCCCCAACGUCCCCAUGGCCGGCGUGACAGGCCCCUAUCAGCCUGGGCUGAUGGGAGAGCGCCGACUGGACCAGGACAAACACCUGUAUGCCAAACUCAGCCAAUCAGGACUCAGAAACAGCUCCUCUCCAGACCUGAACCUCACAGUCAGCUGUAAUGCAGCCUGUAACUGCGCCAGGCAAGUCUACAACCCAGUGUGUGGGGCGGACGGGCUGAUGUAUUACUCCCCCUGCCAUGCCGGCUGCUCCUCCACCAACCACACUGACCCCUCCACCGGCAGACAGGUGUACUCUGCAUGCAGCUGUGUGCUGGGGAACGGAUCCUGGGGAGACGGCGGCUUCACUCUGGCAGGGAAGUGCAGCAGCUCCUGCAACCACAUGGCGCUCUUCAUCAGCUUCUUCUUCAUCAGCAUCUGCUUCACUUUCCUCAGCAGCAUCCCGGCUCUGACUGCCACCCUCAGAUGCGUUCCAGACAGUCAGAGGUCCUUUGGACUCGGCAUCCAGUGGAUACUGAUGCGUACUCUGGGCAGCAUUCCAGGACCAAUCGCCUUUGGAUCCCUGAUUGAUAUUUCCUGCUUGCUGUGGGAGGAUAAGUGUGGCGAUCAAGGAUCCUGCUACAUCUAUCAGAACUCUGCCAUGAGUCGCUACACGCUGAUCGCUGGAGUCCUUUAUAAGGGUUUGGGGACCAUCUUCUUCCUGUUAGCCGGCGUCCUCUACAAGCCCCCCCCUGAGUCGCCUCACAGCAGCUGUGAGAGCACAGAGCAGGGGGCCGAACACAUGAGCAGCCUGCCCAUCAAAGAGCUGCCAGAAGAUGGCGUCAUCGUCAACCUGCACACCAGGUUGUGACAUCACAGAGCCGCCAAACCUAGAAUGCCUUCAGGCACAAAAGCAAGAACACACAGAGAGGAGUGUGUGACGCUUCCAAUCUGCUGCUCCCCUGGAGGGAAAUCCUGCUUCAUGCACAUUUUCUGAUCUGUUUGAGUGAAUCAGCAAAGUUCUCCUACGAACGUCUCUAAUGGGAACUCACAUCCAAUCAGUUCAGUAAGUCUGCGUCUGGAUGCUAGGAUUAGAUUUAUUUUUUAAACCUGGUUUUAAAAGCCAAUCAGACUUUACAAAAAUAAAUAAAAGUACGGUUGUUUUAUGACGUCCUUAAUGUAACCGGAUGCGUUGUUCUGUGGGAACCCAUGAAGCCAUGUUUUAAGAUGCUGAAGCACAGCCAGUGAAAAUGUAGCCAAAUGUUCAUCAUAUCAGCAGAAAAGCAGGCGUUCAAACAGCCUGAUGCCAAAUUCAUAAUGUUGCUGUUAUUCCAGUUAGCUCACGGCUUUUUAAAGGCUGCUGGACUGUUUUUUCCAACAGUGUCUGAUCCAGAAACGGUUCUAAUACUUUACAGAACUAGGUCCAGUCUUCCUGGCAGGUUCUGUCUCACUGGGUGAACUGGUCUGCGGUUUGGCUUCUUCUGGCCUUUAAUGACAUUGUGAAUGUGGAACAGAUGCUUCCUUCUCAGGGUGUUCCUGGACCUGCCUUAGCUCCAGCUUCAUCUUGAGUUUAGGCUUCAAUCUGGACUAGUUUCUACCCCCCCCCCCCCCUUUGCUUCAUCAGUAAAACUGCCAUUUUAGGCUCAAAUUCAGGCUCCAUCCCAGCGCUAUAAACACAAUCUGAUGAUUAUGUUAACAUCAUCAUCACUUUGCCUUGAUCGGCCAUAUUGGGUCUCAAAAAGUGUGAAAAAAAGCGUCCAAAAUGAAGCGCGUCUUCAGACGGGCGGCCAUGUGCCUUUCUAGUCAGAGUGGCUUCAGUCCAUCAUUUCCACCAAUUAUCAGUCAUUUCAUUUGUUCAGCUGAUUUGGUACAGUAGUAGCAAUUCAAAAUUUCCCAACUUUCCUUAAUGGGCCCUUGGCUGGCCCUUGGCUGGUCCCCUACUGCAGUGGUCUCCAAC